GCGGUUACUGCGGGCCGCGGGCAGGACACCCUGGGCGGCAAGCCGGGAAGAAGAGCCUUUCCCUGCGCUUCCCAACCGCGCGUGGGGAGCUGCUUCCUCCGUCCCGCGUUUGGCUCCCAGGCGCGCAACGCUCAAUUUGGUGCCCUUACCGUUCCUCGCCGCCCUCCCCGCUGCCUCGGUCUCCCAGGCCCCGGACCCUGUGCCCCUGCGUCCCGGCGGAUGUCCUGAGUCGCCACCCGCCGGCUCCGCGCGCCCUGGGGCCGCGGCUGCUCGGGGAAGUCGGGGCGCGCGCGCCGGGUAUGCGCCGUCAGCAUGGGCUCGUGGCUCGGCGAGGUGCAGUGGCUCUUCCUGGUGUCGCUCUUCGUCGCGGCCCUGGGCACCGUGGGCCUGUACUUGGCGCAGUGGGCGCUGGCCAAGGCGCGACCCCCGCCCCGGCGGCGGGCGGAGCCGGAUGAGCUAAGGCGCCGGGAGUCGGACACACUCCUUUCCUGGAUACUGACACGGGAUAGCUGGGGGAACCAGUGGCAGGCGGCCUGGGUGACCGCCCUGAACUGUGAGGCCGAAAAGAGAGGGGGUCCACUGCGUCUCUCAUUCCAGAAGGACCCACAGCCACAGCCCUUGCAGCUGACAGUUGGAGAGGUGUCCAGUGUGGUCAAGUCAGCACAGGAGAAGAUGGUGAUCUGUCAUGUGGUGGGCGAGACUCUUCAGUUCUUGGUCAGUGCGGGGCCUGGCUCCACCACAGGCUCAGAAUGCCAGCUGUAUGAUGUCCGUCUUUCCCCAUUUCAUUUAAAGGUGGAAUUCCACAUGGAAGACAAGAGAGAGGACAUCCAGGUCAGGUGGUCUUUCACCCAUGUACCUGAAACAGCCAUCAAGAUCCAGCCCCAGGCCCCAGGGGAGAAGCAGGUGCUUGGUGUACACAUGCUUUCUGAAGCCCUUGAGGAUCUUUUCAAGCACCUAGUCAGUGCUGCCUCUCCAUCUGUUUUUCUGAGCACCAAACCCAUGCAGGUCAAAGAAGCUCAGACUCUACAGUGCCCUUCCUCCACUGCUCAGGAACCCUGCCCCCCCAAACCUCCAAGGGCUCAUGAACUAAAAUUGCAGGUGAAGAAUAUCAGAGUUUCCCUGCUAAACCACCCUGGUGCUUCAGGCCUUAGCCAUGUGUGUGUGGCCCAGCUGAACGAUCCUGCACAGAGAUUCAUCAGCACCCUAGUGAGAAACACUACUGACCUCAGUUGGGAGGAGGAAUUCACCUUUGAACUGAAUGCCAAAUCCAAGGAGCUGCUCCUGCAGAUCUCACAGGAUAAGAGCUCCUCAGAAGGUCUGUUGGGGAUAGCAACCAUUCACUUGGACUUAUUUAGGAAGCAGCCUAAUGGCCCACAGACCUUCAGACUCGUCAGUGGGACAGAGCCUGACAACUUGCUGUUGGGCUCAGUCACGGCAGAGUUUUCUUAUGUAGAACCUGGUGAGCUGAAGUCCUGGCCAGCUCCUCCCCCUGUUUCUGCUGCAAAGAUAGAAAAGGACCGUACGGUGAUGCCAUGUGGGACUGUGGUCACUACUGUCACUGCUGUGAAGACCAAACCUCGAUUUGACACUGGGAGGGCAUCCCCACUGAGCUCAGAGUCCCCUGUGAGGACACCCGUCAAGGUGAAGGUCAUUGAGAAGGACAUCUCUGUCCAGGCCAUUUCGUGCCACAGCGCCCCUGUCAGCAAGACAUUCUCCUCUUCAGACACUGAACUGUUGGUGCUGAAUGGCUCAGAUCCUGUGGCUGAGGUUGCCAUUCGGCAGCUCAGCGAAUCCUCAAAGCUGAAACUGAAGUCCCCACGCAAGAAAAGCACCAUCAUAAUUUCAGGGAUCUCCAAGACCUCACUAUCUCAGGACCACCAUGCUGCUCUCAUGCUGGACUACGCAGCUUCUAUGGACAGCACCAACCAGGGAGAUGCCACUUCUGUUCUGUGCCAUCCAGAGGCAACUGAAGCCUCUGCCACCACCCCACCUGAAGAAAAUGAGCCAGCCCAGACCCUACCUGCCACCAAGCCUAGAGAGAAUGAUCUAGAUUCCUGGGACCUGGAGAAGGAGUCUCCAGUAGCAUCAUGGAGCGGUCCAGCCUUGCAGGAGCCUGAUGGGGAUGAACUGUCUGAGAGCUCCCUGAGUACUUCAGAGCUAGGAGCUAUCAAGAAGCAUAAAGAAGGAAUCCUAAGGAAAGGUGCCAAGCUCUUCUUCCGCCGGCGACACCAACAGAAAGACCCAGGCUUGAGCCAGUCACAUAAUGACCUGGUAUUCCUGCAGCAGCCAGAGGGGAGGCAGAAGAAGGGGGCGACCCUCGGCCGGCUCCUGAACAGAAAGCUGCUUACCAGGCACAGAGGCAAGCACACCAUGAAUGGAGCACCCAGAGAGCCCUACAUAUAGCCCAAGUCACCUUCUAUCCUCACAGCUGGAGGAUGGGGACAGGAAGGCCCCCACCAGAGCAGCAGGAACCAAUACCAUCAGAUGCCUGUUUAUCUAGCUUGGAUUUUUUUUCCCCAAUAAUUUUGUCUUUUAAAGGGAAAAAAACCAAUCUGUGUGUAUGGCUAGGAAGUUUCCCCUGAGAAGACUGAUAACGCAGUCCAGUUUGCUACCAGAUACUGUGUGUCUGGCUCCAGCUUCACCAAGCCAUCAAAGCGCUGAGGGGGAAUAUAAGAGGGAGACUUGCAUCAUUGAAGCCAUGUGUGAUCUGAUGGACUAUGGAUGGUAGGCAGGAGCGAUCCCAGUCCACCUACUUCUUCCUCUCUCCUGAAGGACUAUUGGAGUUCAUGUCUGGACCAUGUCAUGAGGGAGAGGUGUCCCUCUGGGCUGUUGCUAUGAGCAGGAUGGGCUACCUCACCUAACUUGUUGUUUAGAAUUAAAAAGUGCACCUGGUCCUGGGGACAGGGGUAUGGAUAUAGGCAGGAAUUUUGACCCACAGGGAAAAAAAUAGGAAAAGAUGUGCUUUGACAAGUGCAAGGUAUUCACCUUUGAUAUUAGCCAUAGAAAUUAAAAAUGUAUGCAAGUACUAUGUGUGUUCUAUGCAGAUUGUGCCAGGCACUUCCAGAUUUACUAUAGCCUUCUUGCAAGUGGAGGUGUAGAAAUUCAGAUGUGUUUCUUUGUUUCUUAUGUCUGGGGCUGUGUUUUUUUCCAUAGUGCAGACAGUAUGCUAAGCUCAAAUAUGCUGAGGCUGAUAUCAGGAGCAAUGAAUGACAGCUUAUAGGACAUGACCAUAUAUAUAUGUGUGUGUGUGUGUAUGUGUGUGUGUAUAUGUGUGCGCAUAAAUAUAUAUAUAUAAGUAUAUAUAUAUGUAUAUACACACAUAUAUACACACAUAUACACAUAUACAUAUAUAUAUCUUGCCAAAUAUAGCUAACAGCCAAAACAAAGAACUUUUAGGGCAACUGAGGAGAUUACCCUGUAUCUCAGGUCCCCGUUAGUCUUAGGUGUAGAAGUUCUAUAACAAUGGGCCAAACUUGCAGGAAUUCUUUUUAGGGGAUCUUCAAAAUUCUACUGUGAACAGAGACUUCUGGUCACAUUUUAGGGUAUUCUGGUUUUGGUUUACUCUGGGAAAAUUAUAAAGUUGGCACCUGGCUUCAGUGUCCCCACAUAAGGUCUGUAAGGUGCUGCCCUACCUAAUCUGUAUGCCUGCCAUUGUGGGUUCACUGAAGCUCAGAACCCUCCAGAGACAUCGUCUUUGGGUUAGGGUGUCCAUUUUCUUCCUCCAGCAGUGGAAAGACUGACAGUAAAACCUGUGAGCGCGGUCACUGAUAUGAAAUCAGUGAGCUCCUUCUGCCAUCUUCUGUUCAUUAGAAAUUGUAUUUCAGGGACAAAGUCACUGUUGACCAAAAAUGUCUGAUAGCCAACAUUAUAGGAAAAUGUUUUUAUUUUCUAUUUUUUUGUUUUAGCAAGAAAGAUUUGUAAACUCCAUUUAGAAAUCCUUUUCCUUUCUAUUAUUUUCCUCCAUUCUUGGGAUUAAACCCGUAUCUUUGUGCACACUAGACAAGCCCUUGUCCACUGAACUAUUCCCCUGGCCCUCUUGUCACUUUUGGUCAUUGUAGUCGUCAGGAUUUUACUGCUGGGAACAGGAUUUUACCAUGACCAAGGCAACUCUUAUAAAGGACGAAAUUUAAUUGGGGCUGGCUUCCAAGUUCAGAGGUUCAGUCCAUUAUCAUCAAGGAGGGGCAUGGCAGCACCCAGGAAGGCAUGGCACUGGAGGAGCUGAGGGUUCUACAUCUUGUUCAGAAAUCAGCUAGGAAACACCUGGCUCUUUUGCUCUGGGCAGAGCUUUGAAACCCACACCCACAGUGAUACACUUCUUCCUCCAAAUAGUGCCACUCCCUGGGCCAAGCAUACCCAGACUCCACAAUCACCACCAUAUCAUAAUUGUUGUCAUUAUCCGGCUAAGGUUUUACUAAGUUGUUGCCUGGGCUGCCCUGUAAGUAAUUCAUUCUGUAGCCCAAACAUACCUUGAAACUCUGAUUCUCCUGCCUUCGUCUCCCAAGGCGCUGCGAGUACUGAGCCUGGGCCCAGUGGACAUUACUUUCAAAUAAACAUUUGAAAAUUCUUGA